AACCGAGUAACUUAACGGUUAAUGAGACAGAUGAUUUUAUAAUAUUUUGCGACUACGAAGCGAAUCCGGCUUCAUUGGUAAGAGUAACAUGGUUACGAGACGAGGAGGAAUUAUUAGUGUUACAAGACGAGCAUUACGAUGGCGGAAUCACAGAGCACACAGCACUCACGGUGAAAAACGCGACUCCCAACGACAUGGGUUCUUACAAAUGCAUCCUGGAAAACGGCGCCGGCUCAUCCGUUUCCGAGGAUGCCGUAGAAGUUUCGGUCUUUUACAAACCAGUGGUGGAGGUGAUAAUGGAUCCAGAGACACCUGUGAACGAGGCGGAUCGUGUAAACGUCUCGUUAACGUGCGAGGUCGAAGCCGGCAAUCCGGCCGUGCUGUCAGCCGUCCGUUGGUAUUUGGACGGUGAUCUAUUGAAAGAACUUCCGGAUUGCCCGAGAAACAGCACCGCCAUGACAACGCCGACCGAGGAAUCGUUGACGUUCUGCGACAUUGAUCCCAGCAAACUGCUGCUGGAAUCUGUCGGUCGUUCCUUCCACGGCAACUACUCGUGCGAGGGGAGAAACGACGCCGGCUGGGGACCAGUCUCUCCAAGCACGCCUGUCAUAGUUUAUUACAAACCCGGACCGGCAUCNAUAUUCUACGANCCGCCNNAAGUAAUGAAGNAGCAUUCAUUAUCNAUCACUUGUCUGGUUACGGAUCCCGGUCGGCCGAAGGUGUCAGGCUUCAAAUGGCUGCGCGGCUGGCACCGACUUCCAGAUGAGAACGACGCCACUCUCGUCAUCGAGUCGGUUAAUUUGGAAACCGAAGCAAAUUUCACAUGCCUGGCUUAUAACGAGGCCGGCGACGGCGACCCGGCCACAACGUUUAUCGACGUAUCUG